AUGUCCUUUCUCUCUUUUCUUCUUCUACGGACUCUACCAACUCUGCUGAGAACACGUAUUAGUUGCGUUCGUGCAAGAUCCCAAACGGCAAUGCAUCCACGUUGCACACCACUUUUGUUUUCAUCAUCUUGUAGAAGUUCUGUCAAGUCUGUCGUGGACUGA